AUUUUGACGCGGGUUGCUUGGAAAUACGAUGCAGCGCGAACCUUACAUCAUGUGAGGAUGAUGUCUCAGAGGUCAGACUCUCACCAGGAAUCUGAUGUCAAAUGUAAAGGAAAGUUGCAUUGCAAGAAACGUUCUUAUUUGGCACUGGAUAAUGUAGAGAAUGGCAAUAACACAUGUCCCGUGAUGUCUCCUAAUCGUCAUGAUCCAUUGGAACACAUUAUUCAACUUUCCAGUAAUCUCAAAAUACCUCGUACUCCAAGACGGCAUUUGUACGACAUGAUAUACAUUGAACACCAUGCAAAUGGGGGCGGUUAUGCUCUGCAUUCUUACGCUGACGAGUUGGCUCACCUUACCACAGAUGAGCUGAAUAUGCUGACUCGAAAAUAUUUCAAAACACUUUUUACGGAACGAAGAAAGCGGGGAAUCCGCGUUCCUUUUUCUCAUUAUUGUAUUGGUGUUGUUCAUGGUGCUGCAAGAAGGAUGCCGGAAUUACUAUCAUACUUGUCUUCUGUUUAUCCCAAUCUCAACGUUUCAACAAAUCCGCUUGAACAGAAGAAUGCUACUGAAACCCUGACACUUGCACAGUACGUAAAAAAUGUUCACAAAACUUAUGCAAAUGGAAUUUAUCGUUUUGGGCCGCUGCAUGCAUUAAGUAUUGUUGGUGUCAAGGGUGAAGAGCAUGGCUUUUUUGAUAAAAUUCUUCUUGAGAUGAUUGAACGGGAUCCCUUUUUAAAGCUUGUAACACCGUGGGGUGCUUUGUCCAGUUUAAGUGGUAUGGAUCCCAGAGAAAGUAAUGAUGGGCCUAUACUUUGGGCUCGUCAUGGAGAACAGACUAUUCCAUUGUUUUCAACUUCUAUGCGUAGAAAGAGACGGGUUGUUGAUGGUUGUGGUAUUACAGAUUUGGUUAUCGGCCGCCGCACUCUCGGUGGACGUCAAAUAGCAAUCCACGACAGGACUCCUUGUCAUGCCGACCAUGCAGAUGAUGGACUUGCACGUCAUGCUACAGCGGCUGUUGGAUUGCUCAAGGCAGUAUAUCCUCUUCGACAUGGUAGAGAACAUGAAUUAUCUCACUCUUCAUCUUGCUCUUCUCCUUCUGAAGAUUCCAAACAUGAUUCAAAUUCUGCCACAAAUCCGUAUGCUUACAAGUUAAAUCAACCUGCCAGAAUAGUCAAAGAUGUGGUUGUGUUUGAUCCACGUCACUAUGUUGAUUUGAUUGAACGGUUAAAACUGGAUAUAAUGGAACCGCCAACAAGUCAGUGUGGUUCAUUUUGGGCGGAUGACGGUGAACUCAAUCAACUACAUUCUGAAGGUUUUCGUUAUGUUCGUCUACCUCUUCGUGAUAAUGAUAUCUAUUUCAUCCCACGGAAUGUUGUACAUCAAUUCAAGUCUGUUUCAGCUGUGACCAGCAUUGCAUGGCAUACGCGUUUAAAAAAUUAUUAUGACCACUCACAACGUGAUGAUACAAAUGCAGUGCUUGAAAAUAAUGAGUCAAGUGUGAUCAGUCCUCUUCAGCAGAAGCAGGAGCAGCCACAAGAGUCGUGCACAUCUACUGGGCAAGUCCCCAGGUUAAAUGUUCUCAAUGUUGUACACACUAAUAAUGGUGAGAAGAAGUCAUCUGAAAGUAUUCAUUCGCCAGCAGUUAGCUAGUUCAAAAUUCCAGUUGUCUUUUCUUGUAUUCUAUGCUUUUUAUACUUCUUUUUAAGUUGCCUUUUGUAAUAUACUAACUACUAUUAUCGUUAUUACUAUUAAUAUUUUUAAAAUUCUAUAGAGCCCUAUAACAAAUACGCUCCAUGUUGCUGUCAAAUAGCCCUGUGUGCAUUUAUUACCUUCCUACAUUGAAUCCAUAUGUAACACAAUAAUACUUAUCACGUUUGCAUACUGUGUAUGGUACUUGUUUCCCUAUAUUCUGUGAUUAUUUCUUUCUGUUUUGUUUCUUUUUUCUAUCUUCUACUUCUUGUACAAACAAUCAGGCGCCUAAAUUUUUUUUGGGAUGAAGUGUAUUCAUUAUUUUGGGGAUUUUAGCUGACGUUCGUUUGUCUUAUCGAUUUAUGUUAAGUCUUAUAUUGUUUCUUUAGUUUAAUCUUCUGUUAUCGUUGUAGUUUAUUUUUAAUGAUUUCAUAAACGUCGUCAUGAAGUUGAUAAAUGAAAUGUAAAGUCAAGGAUGCAAUAUGUUCACAAGGUCUAGUACUUCAGUUUUUCCUUCUUUAUUCUCUUCUGAAGUAACUUACAGGUUUCAUUUUGAGUCAGCUGUUCAGAUACAAUCGGAAUAAAGUCUGUAAUAUGGCGUGAGACAUGAACAUUAAAAGUAAAAGACAUGAAGGGAUUACAGGGUUUUGAUCACAGAUGUCUUCGUAGAAUUGCCCGCGUUUGGUGGAAUCACCGUAUGAGCGAUGUUGAAGUCAGGCGAAGGGUACCAGACAAGACAGGUUGACAGAUAGACAACUACAGUAUCAAACCUUACGCAAAAAUGCCACACUUCACAGUAGCAUGCAAAGAACGUGGGUAGAAAAAGAGCGAAAUCAUAAUCGACGAUAGUGAAUGACAGGAGGAAUUCGAAAAAAUGAAGGUUGAAGGAAAUCUUCAAAAUUUGGAAGGCUUCAAAGAAUCACUAUAUCUACAACAUUUUUACGGACUUUUAGCUGUGUCACCAAGGAUCUCCAACCACUGAUUCAUGUCAUCUUACGGAUCUCAUCCAGAUUGUCUACACUUCCCGACACUGCUCAAAUCAACAUUCAGACACUUCAUGGACUGGUGCCAGGUCAUGGUAUGACCACCCUGAGCCUUCUUCCAAUUCAAUCCCACUUCGGCUAACAAUAACUUGAAGUCUAUUGUACGUAUGCUGUAAAGUAUAAUGAUGUGUGAAUUUCGAUCAAUAUAUUCUGUUUGGGCUAAUCCCGAAUCCUCGAUACUUUGUUUG